UUCGGUUGGCUUUACCAGUUAAUGCUCACCGCUAUCUUAACGAUCUCUUGAUAUCAUUUCCCCAGUUUUCACCGCUUUUUGUAUCGGUUCCAAGUUCCCAAGCCGUCGUUGCCGGGCCAUUUUCCCUCUUUACCUUUCACUCUACGCAAUCUCUUCUUGCUUAACCGAUCUCCAUAGCUCAGAGCUUCGUGUUUCUUUCUUUUAUGGAGAUUGAUUGUUGAAGAGCGUGAGGAAAUAGGAAUAGUCUGUGAUUGUUCGGUAAGAAAAGAAGGAGAAGAGCAAAUGCAGCACUCCGGCGCCGAGCAGCCGCCGUCUCCGGCGGAAAUCCUUGAUCGAAUCACCGUCCUUCUUUCGCAAUUGCUGCCGUCGUCUCUGUCGAUUAAGUCGUUCACCUCGCGCUGGCAGGUUCUCCGGUCGAAGCUCGGCAGUAUAAAGUCACUUCUGAGUGAAAUCUCCGAAUCGCCGCACUGGUCUGACAAUGCGCUCCUCCCUACGCUUCUUCCUGACCUGCUUUCGACUCUUCUCCGGGUGGAUACGCUCUGCCGCCAGUGCGGAGAUCCUUCUUUUACUCCCGGGAAGCUUCUGAUGCAGUCCGACCUCGAUAUGGCCUCCGGCUGGCUCUCCAAGCAGAUUAACCACCUUGACCUCCUCUGCCGCUCCGGCGUCCUCCGCCAGUCCACGGCUAUUGUCCUUUCACACCCUACCUCCACCUCCACCAAAGAGGAUUUAAUCCUCUUCAUCAGAGACCUCUUCACGCGCCUCCAGAUCGGCGGCGUCGAGUUUAAGAAGAAGGCCUUGGAGUCGCUCGUUCAGCUUCUCGCUGAGGACGAGAAAUCGGCGGGGCUCGUGGCUAAAGAAGGGCAUGUCGGCUACUUGAUCAAUCUUCUGGACCUUAACGCGGAUCCCGCAACUCGCGAGCUGGCUGUUCUGGCCGUGUCGAUGCUUGUUUCGACUAGCGAUCAGGCCAGGAAGUGCGUGUUUGAAGAGGGCGGGUUGGGGCCGCUGCUUAGGGUAAUCGAGUCCUGUUCGGUCACCGUCAAGGAAAGGGCCGCCAUGGCUGUGGAAUGCAUAACUACUGAUCCCGAAAAUGCCUGGGCAAUCUCUGCCUAUGGAGGUGUCCCUGUCCUAGUUGAACUCUGUAAAUCAGGGUCCGCCUCAGCUCAAAUUCAUGGUGUCGGGGCAAUUCGAAACGUAUCAGUCAACGAAGAUGUUCGGAUUGCAUUAGCAGAUGAAGGGGCUAUUCCUGUUUUAGUGCAAUUACUGGUAUCAGGCAAGGCCUCAGCCCAAGAAAAGGCGGCAAACUGCAUAGCAAUACUAGCUUCUUCCGGCAAAUAUUACCGUGAUUUGUUACUUAAGGAAAAGGGGUUGCAGAAGCUGCUUCAGCUGCUACAUGAAUCUAGCAGCUCUGAUACAUUAGAGCAUGUUUUGAGGGCAACUCAUUCCCUUUCUACCUGUGAGUUAACUUCAAAACAUCUCUCAUCAUCCACCACUUUUAUUAUCCAGUUAGCAGAGAUUAUAAAGCAUGGCAACACGAUGAUACAGUACAUUUCUGCUUCACUGCUUGCGAAUUUAUCCAUAAGUGAGAGUGAUAAGAGGGCAAUUGCCGGGUGUAUGGGUGCUUUGGUGAAGUUAAUGGAGUCUGCAAAGCCUGAUGGGCUGCAGGAGGUGGCAGCAAAUGCCUUGGUUUCCUUGUUGACUGUGAAGUCCAAUCGUAAGGACUUGGUGAGGGAUGAGAAGAGUGUAAUGAAGCUUUCCCAGAUGCUGGAUCCAAAGAACGAUUUGGUUUCAAAGAAGUUCCCGGUGGCAGUGGUGGCGGCAAUCAUGGCUGGCGGGAGUAAGGGAUGCCGCAAGCUGCUUGUGGCAGCUGGAGUUAAUGGACAUUUGCAAACUCUGACAGAGAUGGAGGUUGUUGGGGCCAAAAAGGCCUUGCAGAGACUCUCCAUGAGUCGGCUGAAGAGCAUACUCACCCGGACAUGGAGGAGUGAAUGAUAAUUAUGCAUCUAACAACCACCAUCGAAGGGGUUCAUUUGGAUUUCCUAACUCUCUACUAGGAAACCACCACUUUUCCUGCACAAGAAGCAGAUGAAUACACACUUGGUAUACACUAAAUUUUACCUUAUACAGUACUAUAUUAUAAAAUUAGAAAAGUAAUUUUAAAAAAUUAAUUUAUUCUAAAUCACAUGAUAAUGGCAUGGAUGCGGUUUUUAGGGAGUAUCCUUGUUUAUUUUCUUUUUACCUUUAUUACUUUAUGUAAUGUUUAAAUUAUUUAAUUAUGUGAAGCGUGUAAGUGAGUGAUGCUGGGGUUUUCCCCCACUUUUAAUUCUCUAGUCUUGUUUGAUAAUGUAAAUCCACUGUUGCUUUCUUUCUAAUGUAAUAACCAAGCUCUAAUUAGAUGUGUGCAACUCUCUUCUAAAACUCUCCCUUUUGUCUAUAUUGUGGUGAAAUAUAUGCUUAUACCUCUAAUGAAAUA